AUGCCAGCCUCCCAGAACCGCGCCCGGGCCCGGGACCGCAACAAUGUCCUCAACCGGGCUGAGUUCCUGUCCCUGAACCAGCCCCCCAAGGGGGCCCCGGAGCCCCGCAGCUCAGGCAGGAAGGCCCCGGGCCCCUCGGCACAGCCCCCGCCCCCUGGCGAUGGGGCCCGCGAGCGGCGCCAGUCACAGCAGCUGCCCGAGGAGGACUGCAUGCAGCUGAACCCCUCCUUCAAGGGCAUCGCCUUCAACUCCCUGCUGGCCAUUGACAUCUGCAUGUCCAAGCGGCUGGGGGUGUGUGCCGGCCGCGCCGCGUCCUGGGCCAGCGCCCGCUCCAUGGUCAAGCUCAUUGGCAUCACGGGCCACGGCAUCCCCUGGAUCGGGGGUACCAUCCUCUGCCUGGUGAAGAGCAGCACGCUGGCCGGCCAGGAGGUGCUCAUGAACCUGCUCCUAGCUCUGCUCCUGGACAUCAUGACGGUGGCCGGCGUCCAGAAGCUCAUCAAGAGGCGCGGCCCGUUCGAGACAAGCCCCAGCCUCCUGGACUACCUCACCAUGGACAUCUACGCCUUCCCCGCCGGGCACGCCAGCCGCGCGGCCAUGGUGUCCAAGUUCUUCCUCAGCCACCUGGUGCUGGCGGUGCCCCUGCGCGUCCUGCUGGUGCUCUGGGCCUUCUGUGUGGGCCUGUCGCGCGUGAUGAUCGGCCGCCACCACAUCACGGACGUCAUCUCGGGCUUCAUCAUCGGCUACUUCCAGUUCCGCCUGGUGGAGCUGGUCUGGAUGUCCUCUAACACCUGCCAGAUGCUCAUCUCCGCCUGGUGA